AUGAUGACUGUGUUCCCCGCCAGGUCCGAGUGGUGUGACCGCGCGCUGCCGCGGGGAUGCAGCCCGAGUGAAUCUGAGGUGUACAUACACCGGGAGGUGUGGACGCCGCUUUGGCAGUUGUUGGCAGCGAAGUCAAAACGUGCCAAGGUUUUGUCGCUCAGGUUACUCGUGGUCUUUUGCAUCCACGUGUCUCUUGCCUGCUUUUGCGGGGGCUUUGAAACGCCGUGUCGCGUGCCUCUUUUUGGCGGGUCGUUACUGGCUGCAGCGGCUGCCAGCGCGCGAGAGCCUGGCGCGAAAGUAGUCAGCGACUCAGGCAGCCCCACCCUGAAGGAGGUAGCCGCGGACGUUUCCGCGGAAGGCGUGGCGGAAGAAGAGGAGCGACACUCGCGUCGACCCCUGCCGUCUUCCUUCCCUGCCGCUACCGCUAAUGACUCCAACUUCGAGGAGUCAUCGAAAGAUGGUGCGGACGGACGGCGAUCCUUCUCGGAUGUCGUGGGCGCGCUUGGAGACGCAGGAGUGCCGCCGCUGGAUGAGAGUCUCAAAACGCUGCCAGAAGCAACGCCCGUAGGCGCACGCGUACGCGCCACGGCUGCGGCGGGUUUCGCGACAGACAAGGCCCAGGAGAGUGGGCGCAGCGGCGCGGAGGCGAGUGUCGCCGUAAAGGCGUCUCUCGACUUCAUGGGACAGGCGGCAAACCUCGGGGAUGGCACUUGGUCGCUGCCCGAGCCCGAAGGCGCUCAUGUCGUUCCUUCGCUCGCAGCUCGCCCCGCGUUUUCAGACGGCGUGUCUACUCUGUUUGUGGUAAACCAGCCUUCUGGGAAAGGCGGCGCCGGGCGUCAGGGAGAGUCUGAGCGAUCCCGCUCUGGCCGCUUGGCAGGGAUAGACGCAGGGGCGCUUUUGCAAGCUGCCACCGCCAGCCUCGUCAAGGAUAUCCUGAAGUGCUUUCGCAUUCCUCCGUCGGCUCUCUCGCUGCGGAACGACACGAGCAGGCGCCUGUUCAUGGCAGGCGACGAGACGGCGAAUACCCUGUCUCUGCGCGGUGUCCAGAUGGCCGCGACACGGCGAGAGCCGGGUGUGGGGGCCGACGAGGCCAGGGAGACGAGCCCGAGAGGGGUGAGCGUAGAGGGAGAGACAGGUGGGAGGGCGAAGGGCAGCGAGGCCGCCGGCGGCGGCGCCUACGAGCCGGAGGUCUUUCAGGGGAUUGCCGAACAGGUCCUUGGCCUCGCCACCGACUUCGACGGAACUGUGACAGACACACAGCGCCCGGCCCCGCGCCAGGAGACUCCACAGGGCGCAGGCCGCGACGCCGAGGAAGGCUCGACGCCUGAAGGAACCGGCACCGAACACGCCCUCGUGGCAGCGCAGAAGGAGGAGCCGCCGCAAGAGGAGUACGUCGACACGUGCGUCACUCUCUUUGCUCUCGCAAAGAAGCGCGCAAGCGACCCUGCGGUCUUUGAUGCAGCUGUGGACGAAGCCGUGAAAAUCUACAGCGCCGGCGUCAAGAAGAUCAUGACUCGACUCCUUUCGACCCUGCCGGCAGACUCCGGAUCCCAAGGCGAGAAGGCGCGCGCGACGCGGAGUGGAGACAGUUCGCGUUGGCUGGGUGAACUCGGUGGGCUCUGCGCGUGCCCCGCGACAGUCGAAGCAGAGAAAGAGGACGCGACGAGGUAUGCACACCGGCACGGCGCUCCGGUCUCGCCGAGUGCGUCGGUCUCACCUUCUUCCUCCCUCGCCUCGAGUGUUUCUUCGCCGAGCUCCUCUCUUUCCUUCUCGCCACUGGCGACCGGCGCACAGGCUGCAGAAGAGCAACGGGCGGCGCGAACGCCAGAGGGGGCGGCAGGAGAUGACGCGAAAGUGGGCGCCGGGGAAGGCCCGCGCGGCCUGAAGGGCGUCGCCGCGGGGCUGCGCCACGCUGUCGAGGAACUUGACGCGUACGAGCAGGAAAUGGCCAACACGCCGCUUACGCGGUUCAUCCUGCAGGGCAUCCGCAGAGACACUUUCGAAUCUGACCUCCUCGAGGUGGCGAACUCGAUUUCGCUCAUCAAACCGGUGGCGCUCGAGACGAUUGUUCGCCUGCGUGCCCUGGGCAAACCGGUCACGUUCAUUUCUCACUCCUGGAGUUCGCGCCUGCUGGCGGUGACGCUGCGGCACGCUGUCUCGGAGACUCUCUCCUCAUGCCUCGCCGAAAGGAGACAGCGGAGACGCCCAGAGGCAGCCCAGGCGGGCGAGGGAGAGGGCGAAGACGAGGGCGAGGACACGCGAGAGUUGUCGGCGACGUGGGCGGCGACUGCGCUCGUGGAGGGGAUUCAAUUUUACGCAAACGAGCUCGUCUUCGAUGAAAACGGAAUCAGCACAGGCGUCGUUGAACCGCGCUGCGUGACGCUGGACGCGAAGCGCAGAUUUACGCGGCACACCCGGAAGGAGGCUCUGAGGCUUAUGAGGCGGCGUUUCGACGCGGCAGAAGGCGCGCAAGCACCGAACGCCACGGGCCUCGAAGGAGACGCUUCGCGGGGAACAAGGCACGAAAAGAGAGGCGACAGAGAUCGCUACUGGCUUGUCUUUGUCGGCGACACGUAUGCGGACAUCCUCGCCCUUCUCGAAGCGGACAUCGGCAUCAUCAUGGGCUCGCCGAACCGAAAGCUGGAAGGGGUUCUCUUCCACGGCGGGGUAGUUUUACGCCCGCUCGCGUGGCUGACUGAGAAUUUCCGGCGGCAGCUUCAGCAGCACCAGGCGACUCUUUCUUCUUCCUUUCCGUCUGCCACGAGCUCCUCGCGUGCGUCGCGAGCGCGAGGGAGCUUUCGCUUCCGUCUCCCCUCCCGAGAGACCUGCUGCUGCUGCCCCGCUGCAGUCGCGGAGUUUCCCUCGCAGGCGGAGGCCGCGGGGGGGGAGCGGCGCGGGCGCUGUCGGGUGCUGUAUGUGGCGCAGAACUGGGGCGAGAUCUACGAGUUGCUCUUUGGGGAGUGGCCUACACAGGCGUGA